AUGGUCGGUACAAGUACAAGAAUAUUCUCAGCGGGUACAUACCCAGAGGGUAUAUUGUACCGAUUGGUAGAGAGGUUGAAAGCGGCCUCAAACGUCAAACCCCCUCCUCUCCCCCAUGACCGGGUAGUAAAGUUUGACGGAUCAACGGCAGUGUCACGGACACUGUUGCUACAAGUAGGGACAAGGCCCAACUCUGUCCUGGCCGUUCUCUCCAGCCCGGUGGCGGCUGUUCUUGGCUUCGAAUUCUAUUGUGCGGGGCCUCACGGCUUCCCGAUUGUCGACCCUCAGCAUGGCGGCACGACUUCUGGAUCUUGGCUGACCGCUGUCCAGCUACUCGAACCCUCCCUUGGCGACGGCCUUUCAAGACGAGGUGUCGGCCACAUAUAUACCCUCACAUCCUCCCCCUUCACCAGAGGUGGGGGGGAGAGGAUCAAGUCUCAUUCACUCGCCACAUUCUUGAUUCACAUUUCUGCUGGCCUACCUACCGUGCACGACGACCUGCCGACCAUCUCCUCCUCGUCCGCACCGCCUCCUCCGACCAUGGGCGGCGGCGAGAGCAAAUUCCGCAAAUACGACCCGCAGCCGAGUCUGCGUGGCGGCCUGGACCUUUCUCCCGACGAGAGGAUCCUUGCCACCUUUCGCUUCCAGCCGGCCAACUGGGAAUCCGUCUUCUACGGUUCGCGCCAUCAUCCAGUGCCGCUGGGGUCGGUCGACGGCCUCGGCCACCUGACGAACAAGCGGAUUGCCCUGUUCUGGAGCACCAAGGCGGCCUUGAGCGCCAAAACGGUGCACUACGGCGGCGAGGGAGCCGCCAAGGUGGCCGAGGCCGUCGACGAGAAAGUUCUUGGCCACUUCCUCGGCGCCGUGUCCAGCAUCGCGUCGCGCACGCGCCACUACAUGGAAGCUCGCGCAAAGGAGCACGCCAGCACCCACGGCAUCGCGUCGUGGUAUUUCAGCGCGCACGACGCCAGCUACAGCACCAGCCGCGAGUGGCUCGCCCGCACCUCGGACGGCACCUUUUUCCUCGUUCGCGGCGGAGGUAGGGGGCCAGAUCCAGCCAUGACCUUCCUGCCGGCGUACAUGGAGCAGGAAUGGAGCGUCGACGACGCGGCCGAGUUUGACAAGCUCCUGACGAGGGUCGGAGUCACUCCGAAGAAGGUGAAGCAGAUCCGCAGGGGUUCCGAUGGGCUCGUGGUCGAGUACAUUUCCUGGUAG